ACGUAGGAGACGCCGGAGGCUACAUAAGAGCUGCUGUUGGUCCGUGUGCUCAGUCGCUGGUGGGGCCACAGCAGCAGUGCAUUCUGGGAUAUAUCAGCGGAGAGAAACAUGCAGUCGAUAUAUGGAAAGAAUGGAUCGGAGACUCCGGAGCCAGUGAAAGCUCAAGUGAAAGGUUCCAUCCCGUCCUGGCUGCAGGGCACUCUGCUCAGGAACGGGCCGGGCCUGUUCUCGGUGGGCAGCAGCGAAUACAACCACUGGUUUGAUGGCAUGUCGCUGAUCCACAGCUUCACCUUCACCGACGGUGAGGUGACGUACAGAAGUAAGUUUCUGAAGAGCGACACCUACAAGAGGAACACCCAGGCUGACAGGAUCGUCGUCUCCGAGUUCGGAACCAUGAUCUACCCAGAUCCCUGCAAGAACAUCUUUUCAAGGGCGUUCACACAUCUCUGCAACGUCAUCCCCGACUUCACUGACAACAACUUGAUCAACAUCAUCCGUUACGGUCAGGACUACUACGCCUCCUCUGAGGUCAACUACAUGAACCAGAUCGAUCCCACCACGCUGGAAACUGUCGGCAGGAUCAACUACAGGAACCACAUCGCUCUGAACUUGGCGACGGCUCAUCCUCACUACGACAGCGAGGGGAACACCUACAACAUGGGCACCGCCAUCAUGGGCCUGGGUCGACCCAAAUACGUCAUCUUCAAAGUCCCAGCUGAUGCUUCAGAUAAACAGCAGAAGAAGCCGGCGCUGAGGAAGGUGCAGCAGGUGUGCUCCAUCCCGUUUCGCUCCACGCUGUACCCGAGCUACUUCCACAGCUUCGGCAUGACCGACAACUACAUCGUGUUCGUGGAGCAGCCGUUCAAGCUGGACAUCGUCAGACUGGCCACCGCCUACUUCAGAGGGGUCAACUGGGGGAGCUGCCUCAAGUUCGACAAGGACGACAUCACUUUGUUCCACGUCGUCAACAGAAAAACAGGAAAGGCGGUGUCCACUCGUUUCUACGGCGACGCCUUGGUGGUUUUUCACCACAUCAACGCGUACGAGGCCGACGGCCACUUGGUGUUCGACCUCAUCACCUACAAGAACAGCAACCUGUACGACAUGUUCUACAUCCAGAACAUGAGGCAGGAGACCGGCAAAUUCAUCGAGUCCAACAAGAUCUUCUCCCCACCGAUCUGCCAGAGGUUCGUCCUGCCGCUCAACGCCAACAAGGAAUCAUCCAAAGGGUCGAACCUGGUGACGCUGACGGACACGACGGCCCGAGCAGUGAUGCAGGACGACGGCUCCGUCUACUGUCAGCCCGACACUCUGUUCGAAGGCCUGGAGCUGCCCGGGAUCAACUAUAAGUUCAACGCCAAAAAGUACAGAUACUUCUACGGCUCCAGGGUGGAGUGGUCUCCUCAUCCCAACAAGAUCGCUAAGAUCGACAUCGUCACCAGGAAACACAUCGAGUGGCGGCAGGAGUCCUGCUACCCAUCAGAGCCGGUGUUCGUUGCGUCUCCGGGAGCCGUUGAAGAAGACGACGGCGUGAUCUUAUCGUCCGUCAUCUCUCCGGAUCCCAACAUCUCUCCGUUCAUGCUCGUCCUCGACGCCAAAAACUUCAAGGAGAUUGCCCGAGCCUCCAUCCCCGCCAGCGUCCACAUGGACCUGCACGGACUUUUCAUCCCUGCUGCUGUGUGACGGCCAACACGCCUGCUGCCAUGACUAUUUAUCAUUCUUUAAUGGAGUCGACCUUUUUCAUGAUUUCUUUUUUUGUUAAGAUUGUAAAAAAAAAACCCAGCAAGAGUAAGCUAGAUUUUAAAGAGAAGAAAACAAAAAGCAUUUUUAUGGAUGUGUAUCGUAGCAGUGGGACGUAUUUAUUAAUGUGUUUGUUCAUGAAGUUAAUUAUCGACUGUCAUCUCCGGUUUGUGUUUACAGAAGCUCUCAACAUCAUUCUAUAAAGUCGUUAGUUGGAUUAAAAGUCGUGUUUUUUGUUGAAUCAACUUUCUUUAAUGAAUAUGUUCUAGUGCUAGCCUCUGCUAGCUCGCCCUGCUAAUGCAGGUGCUAGCUUGGUGCUACUAGUUUAAAAUACACAUGAAGUUUGUGGAUUUAAUAAUUCAAUCCGUCCACAGAAACAAUAUUUUAUUCAAAAGAUAUCUUUGUUCUAACAAAGUUGAGCUAGCUUAGCAGUUUUGUCUUUUGAAGUGUGGUUGUUUAUUUGGGUUCUUAGCUUCAAAAUACCAGUGAAGUUUGUCCUUGUUUUUAAUAUUUAAAUAUAUCUAACAUUUUAAUUUCCUGAUCAGAUUCUAACGUCUACAGGACAGUGGAGAAAAGAUGCAGAUUUAUAUAUUUAAACAUUUUUCUUUAGUUCUCGUCUCGUUAAAUAAAGACGACAUGCGUCACUGAUGGAGUCACUUGUUCUGAUCGGGUCCAGCUGAAAAACUGUUCGGACCAAAUCUGACUUUUAUGUCAUUCUGAUGUGAAGUUUGGAUCAACAGCUGAUAAUUAACAUCUAUGAGAAUAUUUUGACAGCAUUAAAUGAAUUACAUAUAUUUACAUUUUGUUCCUUUCAUGUCACAUAUUUUGCAUCUUUUAAAGUUUAAAGCAGAGAAAAGAUCCUCAAACUAAUUAAUCAAACUGUUUUCAUGACUGAACAAACUGACCUUAAAGGACAACGCCACUGCUUCUUCUGACACCAGCUGCUUUAUUCACUGACAGUUUGUAUUGUGACCUCAUUAAUAUUGUAAAUAUUAAAAUCACAUUUGCAUUUCUUCUCUGAAACUACAGACUGCUCCUUGAAAGGAUUCUUUGACUUUUGUGCCAAAUACUAAAAAUGACCAUCGUCCAUCUCUUAUUUUUAAAGCCUUUCAUAGAUGAAUUAUUACAUAUUACAUAUUUUCAACUUUUCUCCCCACUACAUCUUGUUUUGAAGGAGUUACUGCAGUGACUUCAUGCAUUUUAAAUUGAUUUAAAUACUUUCAUCUGCUACUGAAGACACAUCGUCAUGCAGCGAAGUGUAUAUUCUGACUAAGAUGUUUAAUUUAACUAUUCAAGUGAUCAUUCUCAAUAAAACACAGACAGGUGGAGCAGCGAACA